GGCGCGGCCUGAGUGUGGCAGCUGAGUACCACCAUCACCACCAAAGCUGCGUCACCUCCAUCACAUCUCAUCUUUAUAUAUCGGUUUUUCUCCGUUAAGUGCAUGUUCCCAUCAGACGCCUCUGUGGAGUACGUGUGAAGGUAGAGAUGUCAACAGGACGUUCUCGCCGUGACCGUUUCCACUCUCCUCCACGUCGAGGUGGCGGUGGUGGAAGGAGGUCCAGAUCUCGCUCUCCACGGCGCUUUGGGGGGGGUAGAGGGCGCUCUCGUUCCCGGUCUCCAAAAAGGUCACGUUCUCGCUCUCCAAGGCCUGCUCGACGUGGAUCUCCAAGAUACGAUGAUUACCGCCGCCGAAGCGAGUCUCCAGCAUUCAAGAGACGUUCACGCUCCCGGUCAUAAAGGCUUAAAGAUGGAGAAGCAGUUGCUGGUCUUCUAUCAUCUGAGCUAGCCACAAUGUAAAUAAUAUGGAGAAAUGUACCCAGUAUUGCUAUACAUGUGGGGGCACUUGCAGGAUUUGAACAUAAUGAGUUACUGAUAUAGAACCUUGUUAGUCAAGGACAGGUGUCUGUGAUUGGUUGACAUACAGGGGAGGUUGUGGUUGGCUGUUGCCAUGUAACACCAUCAGCCUUGGGCUGUUUGAAACGUGUGUGUACAAAAUUAAGUGUAAGCUCUUGUUGAAUUUUUUUUAUUUUUUUACUUUGCAUUUUUUCAUGCACAGUGUUUUGACAAAUAGUGAAAAGGUGAGAUGUUUUUCUUGGGAAAUUACUUUCUUGCUAAUGAAAAUGUGGAUCUUUUUGAUUUGGCUAACAUGCAGGGGGUUUACUGUACAUAUAUGAAAUUAUUUGAUGCACUUUAGUAUUGUUGAAUUGUAACAAGUAGCAUUGGUUUUAGGCAUUGGCAGACUAUUUCCGUAUAAUGAACCGUAGUACCUGUUGAGUGGCAAUGUAUAGGAUAACUUAAAAGCAGGAAUAAUGCCAUACGUUUACCAACAGGGUGCACAAAUGCAUUUUAAUCUCCAUCUUCACAUUGGUGUUUUUCACUCAAAACCCUCGUUUGAACUUAGUGGUAUGGUAUAUGAACUCCUUCGCAUUCCUGCAUGCAGUAUUAAAGUAGAAUAAAUUGAGUGUAUAAAGGGUACGGAGCAAAUACUAUUAUAUUCCUACCUGUUUACCCCUUUUUUUCUCUCCCCCUCUUUUUGCAGGAGCCAGCAUUCGAACCAGGAUGUUUCGUCAUGACUUUAAAUUUGUAUUUGUACUUGGGUCUGUAAGAGGUGUGUGUCAGAUCUGUGUCCUAAUGCUUAAGUGGUUUACAUAAAAAUUUGUUAUUGAAUUUAAAUUUAAGAUUUAAGUUUUUUUUAUACUUUUUUUGCCCUAAACAUGUUUGGAUAAACUACAAAAAAAAAUUUUUGUCAGAGGUUAUGUUUAGUCCUGUGAUUUUUUUUUCUUUUUUUAAUAUCUUAUAAAAGGAAUCUCAAUAAUGCAAAGUUUCCAUGAUGAAAACUUGUUUGUUGAGUUUUUGUUUUUGUUUCUACAAGCUUGUAUGAUUGCCGGUGUGAUAGCUGUAUCUUUCUCGACAUUUAAAAUUUAGUCAUGAUUAAUGUGAAAAAAAUUAUAGGUAAGGGGGCAUUUCAAACUAGAAUAAGGAAUUCUGAACAAUAAAGUUUAACAAAUA